GUUGCAGGGUUGCCACGAAGAAAAAUAAAGCGAGUUCAAGACUUCUCACUCUAGCCGACAUCAUCAACUUUCUACCACCUCACCUUCCUUGGUCUUUUUCCUUCCCCAUUAACUUCCUUCGUUCCAACCUUCUCUCUGCAAAAUCUUUCUCCUUACAACCAUGUCAGGUUUAUAUACUCACAGCUUCUCUCCAGCGAGAACCAACUCCCCACAGAUAAGAAACACUCCAGAUGCAGAUAGCCAGUACUUGGCAGAGUUGUUGGUAGAACAUCAAAAACUUGGGCCUUUCACGCAGGUUCUACCCAUAUGUAGCCGUUUAUUGAAUCAAGAAAUAGUGCGAGUCUCAGGAGUACCCAGUCAAGGAUUUGGGGACUAUGAUCGGCAACAGUAUGGAUACCCCAGUCCAAUGGCUUCUCCAAAUCCUGCUUCAAACAUAUCUGUCACAGGUUCAAUUGGUUGGAAUGGGUUGUACCAAGAGAGAUCAGAAUUUCCUCAAGGAACCACAAUGGAUUGGCAAGGUGCUCCGGCUAGUCCUAGUUCACACUUUGUCAAGAAAAUAUUGCGUUUAGAAAUUCCAGUGCAUAAGUAUCCUAAUUUCAAUUUUGUGGGACGCCUUCUUGGACCCAGAGGGAAUUCUCUAAAACGCGUGGAAGCUUCAACUGGUUGUCGUGUUUAUAUUAGAGGAAAAGGUUCAAUAAAGGAUCCUGGCAAGGAGGAAACACAUAUGGGACGGCCAGGUUAUGAACAUUUGAACGAGCCGCUGCAUGUCCUGAUCGAAGCUGACUUGCCUUCUCAUAUUAUUGAUUUAAAGUUGAGACAUGCUCAAGAAAUUCUAGAAGAGCUGCUCAAGCCAGUGGAAGAAUCACAUGAUUACUAUAAAAGACAGCAGCUGAGAGAGCUUGCAAUACUGAAUUCAGGAUUCAGAGAAGAAAGCCCUCUUCCCAGUGGUACUGUCUCUCCAUUUAAUGCCAGUGGACUCAAAAGGCCAAAAACUGGACGCUAGUAAAACUAUUUUGCUUCCUGCAACUAUUUUCUUAGGGGAUUUUCAUUCAUACAACAUAAUUCUUAUAUAUUUACAUUUAUAAUCUCCAAAAAUUAAUAUUUAUUUAUAUAACACUUCAGUGUCUUAAUCACAUCUAAAUAAAUGAAUAAAAAAGUAUUUUUCACUUUUAAAAAAGUUAAUAUUAGUGAUAUGAUUUAAAGAUUUAGGCGUUAUUUAAGUAAAUAUUAAAAUUUAUGAGAUAGAUAUGUAAAUAUAUAAAAAUUAUGUGAUAUGUAUGUAAAUCCCUUUAUUUUUUAUUAUCAUAUAUCACCCUGAGCUCAGAAUGCAUUGAUACAAAGGAAUUCAGUACCUGAAGUAGCUGCUGAUCUUGAUCUGCUUGUUUGUUCUCCAGAAGAUGUCAAUCUAUGUAACUAAGCUGACAUUAUUUAUGCUUUUUUUUUUUUCUUGUUUUGAGAGAGAGAUUUCAGGCUAUAAUUUGCUGUAAAACUUGGAACAAUAUUCAUUUGAUUCGUUUUUCCUUAGUUUUGUGAAGUGAAUACUGUAUUUGUGUAUUGUAGUUUGCUUGAAAUUAUAAAAAUUAAUUAUUCAAA